AGUGUAUGAACUGCACUGGCUUCACUGACAUGAACAUCAGACUGAACUACAUUGAGUCCAAGGUAACAAUGUAUCAGAGGAGAAAAGGAGAUCAGAGGACAUGGAAGAAAGAUGGAUGGUUGACGAUGAUGAUCAUGAAGAAAAUUAUCAAUAUGAUGGACGGAAGAUUACAUCAGUAUAUUUAAUCUGACCCUGGUUCUUUGUUAUUCCAGAUUAAACUGCUAGACGGGGCAGGUUCAACGUCACCGUCCUUCAACAAGUCAUCAGAGGGCUCCAGUGAUAACGAGGUGUACACCCCCAACCCCACCCCCAUGGGCCCUCCAUCUCACCUACAGCCAGGUAACACCCCCAACCCCACCCCCAUGGGCCCUCCAUCUCACCUACAGCCAGGUAACACCCCCAACCCCACCCCCAUGGGCCCUCCAUCUCACCUACAGCCAGGUAACACCCCCAACCCCACCCCCAUGGGCCCUCCAUCUCACCUACAGCCAGGUAACACCCCCAACCCCACCCCCAUAGGCCCUCCAUGCUACCUACAGCCAGAUAACACCCCCAACCCCACCCCCAUAGGCCCUCCAUCCUACCUACAGCCAGCCAGAGCUUUAUCACCCAUACCCCCCCCCCCCCCCCUCCCACACACACACACACACAACCAUAUAUCACCUGGGGAGGUUACCUCUCAACAUAGUAAACACAUGGUUCUGGUUCUGUUUCUGGUCAAUAGGAGGAAGAGGACCACCAGGGCCAAUCGGACCACCAGGAAUUCCUGGCCCAGCUGGCGAGGCAGGGGUUCCAGGACAGACCGGACCGACAGGUGAUUCAUCCUGAUAUUCCCCCACGUGACGUGCCUCUGAUGGGAAUGCAUGACAUUCGUUCUGUUUUUUUCAACAUUGUUCAGCAUUGUCUUGUUUCAGAAGAUUCCGCCUGCGAGCGUUACAUAGGAGUGACGUAGACAAUGCAUGUUCAGGUCAUUAUCUUCAAUAUCUGAAUGGCUAUUGUUGUGAGAUGAUAGGUCCCCUUUGAUUCCCAGGGCCAAUGGGAGAGAGAGGAAUACCAGGAGAGAUCGGUCUUCCAGGCCUCCCCGGACCUCCAGGCCCUCAAGGGCCACGCUCCUCCUCUACCCAGCCGAGGGGUGACAUGUUUGGGUUCGACGAGCAG